GCCCAGGACCUCGCUCUCUCCACGGUCGCUCUGGGCAGCGACAGUUCCAUUUCCCAGCGGCUACGAAACAAAAACUUUUCUAUUUUUCCGAAGGAAAUAAGCGGAUCCACAAACCCACCGGCCGGCUCGGCGCCUUGCUCGUGUUUUCCUUUUUUUCCCCUAUUUUUUUUUUCCUUGCAAAUACCCCAAAUAAGGCUUUUAUUUUUCAAACAGAGUCUCUGAAAAAGGAAAACCCCUUCCAGGGUUUCUGUUUGCUCAGGAACCCCCGAACAACCGGUAAUUUCAUUUACUCCGAAGCUUUCAUUUUUGCAAGCGCGCAGUCCCCGUGUGAACUUUAGUUUUAAGCCGUACCAAAAAUGCGCGAUCCCUGCUCGAAGACCGAAUGAGUUUUUAUUUCGAAACUCACGUUGGUAAAGCCGCCGCUUUAGCUUAAUUUUGGCCGAGGCUGAAGUUUGGCCAACAUCCUCGCCCCUCCUCGGGUCCUUCAUCCCCAAAAGAUUGCCGCCCUUGCCCCCGACUGCUUUCAGUGUUCGGAGGGCGAUGAUGCUCCAGUAAUUUUCCUCGCUCCAUUCCCAGGCAUCGCUUUGCUUUCCUUCCAGGGAAGAUUGUUCCGCUUGUAAUCCUGCUGACAAAAGAGACUCCGAUGGACUUACACCGGGCCGCGUUCAAGAUGGAGAACUCACCCUAUCUCCCCAACCCACUGGCCUCCCCGGCGCUGAUGGUUCUCGCCUCCACUGCUGAAGCCAGCCGUGAUGCUUCCAUUCCCUGCCAGCAGCCGAGGCCUUUUGGGGUCCCCGUGUCAGCAGAUAAGGACGUGCACAUUCCCUUUACCAAUGGCUCAUAUACUUUUGCCUCCAUGUAUCACCGGCAAGGCGGGGUGCCGGGAGCGUUUGCAAACCGUGACUUUCCUCCGUCCUUGCUUCACCUCCACCCCCAGUUCGCACCCCCUAACCUGGACUGCACCCCGAUCAGUAUGUUGAACCACAGCGGUGUUGGGGCUUUCCGCCCCUUUGCAUCUACUGAGGACCGGGAGAGCUAUCAGUCAGCUUUUACACCGGCCAAGCGCCUGAAGAACUGCCAUGACACUGACUCACCCCAUCUGCGCUUCUCCGACACCGAUGGGAAGGAGUAUGAGUUUGGCACGCAGCUCCCCUCCAGCUCCCCCGGCUCCCUCAAAGUUGAUGAUACGGGGAAGAAGAUCUUUGCCGUUUCUGGCCUCAUUUCUGACCGGGAGACCUCAUCCAGUCCCGAAGACCGAAGUGACAGAUAUAGAAGCGACAACCAAAGAGGGCCCCAGGCGUCUGCAACUGCCACUCAUCGUAUGAUUUUAACUCUCCCCCUCUGCAAAAAGAAAGCAACCUUGUUUGACAGCCAGGCUCCGAUCUGCCCUAUCUGCCAGGUCCUCCUUCGCCCUGGGGAGUUGCAGGAGCACAUGGAGCAGGAACUGGAAAAGCUCACCCAGCUGAACAUCAGCAAGAGCUCCAUCCUGAAGGAUGCCAUGGCAGCAGGCACCCCCAAGUCAAUUUUGUUGUCGGCCUCAAUCAAGCGAGAAGGAGAUUCUCCGACAGCAUCACCCCACUCCUCAGAUGACAUCCAUCACUCUGACAGAUACCAGACCUUCCUGCGGGUGCGAGCGAACCGGCAGACCCGGCUGAACGCUCGGAUUGGAAAAAUGAAACGGAGGAAGCAAGACGAAGGGCAGGUAUGUCCCCUCUGCAGCCGACCUCUGUCAGGAUCCGAGGAGGAGAUGAGUAGGCAUGUGGAACAAUGCCUUGCAAAGAGAGAAGGUUCAUGCAUGACUGAGGAUGACUCUGUGGACAUUGAGAACGAGAACGGCAACCGAUUCGAAGAGUAUGAAUGGUGUGGGCAGAAGAGGAUACGGGCUACUACUCUCCUGGAGGGAGGAUUUCGAGGUUCUGGGUUUAUCAUGUGCAGUGGCAAGGAGAAUCCAGACAGCGACGCUGACUUGGAUGUGGAUGGAGACGACACACUUGAAUACGGGAAAGCACAGUACACAGAGGCAGACGUUAUCCCUUGCACUGGGGAAGAGCCAGGUGAAGCCAAAGAGAGGGAAGCGCUCCGAGGUGCUGUUUUAAAUGGUGGCACACCCAGUACCCGAAUAACACCGGAGUUUUCUAAAUGGGCCAGCGAUGCAGAAAUGCCCUCAACGAGUAAUGGCGAAAGCAGUAAACAGGAGACCAUGCAGAAGACCUGUAAGAACAGUGACAUUGAAAAAAUAACAGAAGACUCGGCAGUGACAACAUUUGAAGCGUUAAAGGCUCGUGUCCGUGAGUUAGAAAGGCAGCUUUCCCGUGGGGACCGCUAUAAAUGUCUCAUUUGCAUGGACUCUUACACAAUGCCCCUGACUUCCAUUCAGUGCUGGCAUGUGCACUGUGAAGAAUGCUGGCUGCGGACUCUGGGUGCCAAGAAGCUCUGUCCCCAGUGCAACACCAUCACGUCUCCCGGAGACCUUCGGCGCAUCUACUUAUGAAGGACCCAGCGGGAGGGCAGGCCCCAGCUACUCGGCUCAGCUCAUCCAUCACACCAAGGGGGAGAGGAACGACAGCAACAACAAAAAAGACCUUUUAAAAUUCAGAGAAGAUGAAAGGUUACAAACAAAGCAGAGACUCCAGGCACGGACUCGAGGAUACAGGAGCAGUGGGCUCGCGUGUUGAGACCUCCUUCAGCACCCGCAGCGGGCAAAACCAAACCCUUUGUUGUGAAGCCCCCUUUUUUAAGUACCAGUAUUGCCCAUCACCCGUCCCCUGGAGCUGGCUUUGCAUCGCGGAUGGCUCGUGAGCCCUCCUUUGGACUGUGUUGUUCACCACUCUGACCCCAGGAGACCUGGGGACAAGGGACCCUUGCCAGGAAGAUGUUAAAUAACCUGUAACUUGUGUUCUUCGUUCAGUUUCGUUCUGGUUUUGUUUUUAUUUGGUUCAGUUUGGGUUUUGGUUUGGUUCCGUUUUGUGGUGUUCUAGUGAUAAAACAAAAAGUUUAAAGGAAAAAAAAAACCCACACCCAGGCAGAAAUGAAGCACAUGUAAUAUAGAUUAUAUAUGUUUACAAUGUUGUGUAUAAAUGGGAUAGACUCAAACAUUACAUACUAAUAAGUUUCCCUUUCUGGUUUGUUUUUUUUUUUGGGUUGUAUUUUUUUUAAAGAAGAAGAAAAAAAAAAUGAGCAGAGAACAUUAAACCCAUAUUUUUCUUGGUUCAGCAAAGUUUUGGCAUUAAAGUCAUUAGUUUAAACAAAGUAUAUAUAUACAUAUAUAUAAUAUAAAUGGUUUAAUGUUCUGUGGUGUAUAUUUCCUCAUUCAGAUAUGAAGUUAACAGCUUUUAGUAAUGGCUGUAGCAUUGCCCAUAACUUACAGAACUUAUGGGGAGUAGAGGAGGUGGAUUUUUGUCAUUAGUUGUAGCUAAUGGGGCUAUUUAUAAUAGAAUCGUUAUCCCCGGAAAGACACGGCUUUUAACUCCUCGCCAGGGGACCGGGCAGGGCGGGGGGAUCUGGCUCAGCCCCCUUUGCCUUUCCCAGCUGGAGAAGGAGCAAAUGGUGUGGAGCUGGAGCCCCUCGUGCCUCCUCCAAGGCCGUAGCCCCUGCCCCUGCCUGGCUUUGCUUUGCUGCUCCCAGUGCCAAGGCAGGAUGCUGGGAAGCGGUGGGCACAGGGAGGGAUGGAGGGGUCUGAGCGAUGGCUUGUUGGUGGCUUGGCUGGGAGGGGCUUGGCCGGUCCCCUCGGUGCCCUGGCAGCCAGCACUGCAGAGCCAGCCCCUGGCUUCUCACAGGUCUCUCCUCCUGCAGCCUGUGUUUGCAAAGGGGAUUUUGGCGCUGAGAGCCAGCCCUGCCUCAUCCCCAGGGCUUCCCAGCUGGGAUGCUUCCAGCUGGGGCCAGAGGUUCCCUGCAGCCCCAGGUUCUUCCACGCGGUCCCUCAUGCUUGUCCCUGUGUCCCCUGUCCUCAGCCUUAACCAAAGCUGCCGUCUGGCCUGUUGUUUUGUUGGUUUUUGUUUUAUCUCCAGGACCCAGGAAACAGAUUCUGAUCCAUUUCCCAAGGUGAACGCAUGCCCUGUGUGCUGACUGCUCCCAGCCCCAGCUUCCCGGGCAGCCAUGGGGUGCCAGCUCCCCAAAGUCAGAAGACAGGGAGAUGGAGAAGCUCAUCUCCUCCACUCCCGCUGGGUCUUUCCAAGCAGAUCCCACCUGGCACCACAGAGUGGCUGGGGAAUUUUAAGACAGUCCAGAGCCAGCAGUGGAUGAGGGGUUUGGAGCUGGGCACCGCUGGGCUGAUGGGGUGUUUCCAGAGAGGGAAGGGAUAGGGAGGUAGGAUGCCUGGAGUGAUAGUCCCAUUGCCACUUCUCUGCCCUGAGCUUGGUGCUGUUUUGCAGAGAACAACUGCUGCCCUUGGCAUCUCCCAGGUGAUUCCAGAAGGAUCCCACUGCACCCAAACCAAAUUGAAGGAGCUGUAUUUACAAACACCUCAGCAAAAGGCAGCAGUUCCCAAUUGAGAUGCAUCUCCUGGGUGUCCACGCUCACAGCAGCAUGGUGGUCUCAGACCAGAGCUGCAGCCUCCCCUCCUUGGGAGCACAUCCCUGUGGAAUGCCUGGGGACCAGAGGAAGCCAGGGCACUCCCAUAGGGUCCUGCCUCCCCCUGGGCAGGGGAAGGGGCUCAGCGGUGGGUAACCCUCCAGCCAGCAGCACUGGGGAUGGGGAAGGGCAGGGACAGAGAACAUGGGUCUGGGUUUAUAGAGGUGGGAGGGAAGCUUUGGGAUGAGUAUGGAUGGGCUGUGAGUGCUGGAUUUGGAGAGGGUGCAGUGGGUUUGAGAGGCAGGAUACCCCAUCCUAACCUUUCAUUGGGAAUAGGCCCCAGGAGGGAGCCAGCCUUUCUGGCGGGUGUUGUGGACCAGCCGUGUGCUCUAUGUACGUCUGUGUAAAGCCACGUGUAACUCGUCGUUGGUUCUUGGUUUUGGGGGUUAGAUUUUUGUUGCUUUCUUUGGUUUCAUUGUAAAGCCAUCCCCUGUUUUCAAAGGGGGGCUGCAGGGGGAAGGCUGGGGAGAGAGGUUGGUCACAGGCAUCCGCCACUUCCCCUCUUCUGGAAUGAGUUGAAAUGAUUUAAAAAAGAAAAGAAGACCUAUUGGAGUUACCUAUCUUUGCCCAAAGAAUCCCAGUUGCACAAAGCGAUAUUCCAGUGUGUCGAUGAUUGUGUGUCAGUGUAUAUUAUACAAAAAGGUACUUGUCACUCCCGUUUGUAAACUACAUUUGACAUUAAUUAAACAAGUAUAAAUCUU